GAACGCGCUUCACGCCUCAACCUCUUACUCACGUCUCUCGCGGCAAUAAGGCCGCCCCUUUAAAAAAAAAAAGUACCAAACCCCGCCUCUCGUCUCUGCUUGAAUAAUUCACCAGCCCUUUGACGGAAGCGGUAUGUUUUUAUUUCCGACAGAAAUUUCUUUUUAAAGGAGCUUUAAAAACGGCGAAGUGACAGCGGACGGGCUGCUCCUUUAAUGUAAAAGGAGGCAUCAGUUCGAAGGGCACUAAGGAAAACAAAAACGCCCGCUAGCCUAAACACCGAAGUGGAGAGAAAAAAAGAAGCGCUGUCAUCAUUCCAGUGAAGAUUAGAAACCAGAUGUAUCAUCACUUUUAAAAAGAUCUUUUGUAUUAUACUGGAAGUCAAAGACAGGCCCACAACAAUCGGCUGCUCGAUGGGGAUUAAAAGAAGAGCUCCCACUUGCAUCUCCUUAAGACCUGCUUGUUGCCAAUAUUCUCUCUUCAGCAUCUCUUCCAUAGAAAUUAUGAAACUUGUAUUAACUGAAUGGCAAUUAUUAUGGAUUUUUAAUUGUAGUAGACAGUAAAACCCAUGUUUUAAAGCCAUAUGUGUUCAUAUAUCACUACCAAAUUCUUCAUGUUUCAACACAAUUUUAUAAAAAUCUCUUCUGACAUCCAAGGAGUACAAUCACAAAGUUUUUCAAAUAGUUUCUUGGGAGAAAGACCAGAUACAUGAAGAUUAAAUACAUAAAGGCACACGAAGAAAACUACAAGGCCACACUGUGCAAUCUUUAAAAAAAAAUAUCUCAAGAGAAUAUUCAUAAAUUAUAUAUGUAUAUAGAAUAAAAGUUAUUUUAAAAGAGCUCUAUAUUUUGUAUGCGGAAAACAAUGGCUCCACAGAAUACUGAUCAGGAUGCUAUACAAGUGAAUGAUAUAUCACUUUCCCAGCUGAAAAAGCAAAAGCCAAGUGAUGGAAAAGAGAUUGAUAGCCAAGAUGAAACCGUGAGUGAAGGCUCCAUCGACCGGAUACCACUGCAGAGGUGGGUGAUGCACGGAGCAGUGAUGUUUGGACGAGAGUUCUGCUAUGCUAUGGAGACUGCCCUUGUCACACCUGUGUUAUUGCAAAUUGGUCUUCCAGAGCAGUACUACAGCCUGACAUGGUUCCUUAGUCCUAUUUUGGGUUUGAUCUUCACUCCUGUCAUUGGCUCAGCAAGCGACCGCUGUACCUUGCGAUGGGGCCGCAGGCGGCCAUUCAUCCUUGCACUCUGUGUUGGAGUCCUUUUAGGAGUGGCACUUUUUCUUAAUGGAUCUGUUAUAGGUUUAGCUAUUGGAGAUAUUCCAAACAAGCAACCCAUUGGAAUUGUUCUUACAGUGUUGGGAGUGGUGGUGCUGGAUUUUUGUGCAGAUGCUACUGAAGGACCUAUUCGGGCCUAUUUGCUGGAUGUGGCAGACACUGAGGAGCAAGACAUGGCUCUUAAUAUCCACGCUUUCUCAGCAGGUUUAGGAGGGGCUGUAGGAUAUAUGCUUGGUGGUUUGGACUGGACUCAAACAUUUCUAGGUCACAUUUUCAAGUCUCAAGAGCAAGUACUGUUCUUCUUUGCUGCUAUCCUGUUUACAGGGUCUGUGGGACUGCACCUUUUUAGUAUUGAGGAGCAACAAUACAGUCCACAACAGGACCGACUGGAUGAAGAGGCAGACACUGUGCCUCCAUCUCAGGCCAAUAGAGGUAUGGCUGUCCCUGCUUUGCCGCGUUUGAACAUUAUAGGAGAGGAAGAGCCCUACAGAUACUUUGAAGUGCGUUCAGAACACAAUCUAGACAUGGAUUUUCUUGAAGUGGAAAUUGUGCGUAGCAAGAGUGAUUCUGUACUUCAUGUGGCAGAUGCUACAUUAGACAUGGAGCCUGAUCUGCAGUUCCUGUAUGAGAUUGAGCCAUCUAUCUUUCAGGAUCACUUAUCCUCUUAUCACAGCACUCCACAUCGUCGUAGUAGCAGCAUUAGCAGUCGGGAUCUACUACAGGCAAAAUUCCACCGUUUGUCAGCUUUUCUCCAUGAAAAUGAAAAGGAUGGAGAAGAAAUGCUUCUAGAUAAUCAGCUCAAUGAAGCCAAGGCUCCUAUCAGUGGCAAGGAAGUUUCUGAAACCACUAAUGAUAAUGGCAUUAAUGGUGGACUGACCCACAUUGGCAUGAAACAGUCAAAUACAUCAGCAUCUAUGCGCCGACGUCGACACAUGUUCUAUCGCCAGCCAUCAUGCACUUUCUCCUACUAUGGCAAAGUUGGCUCACACCGCUACCGCUUUCGCAGAGCCAAUGCUGUUGUCCUUAUAAAGUCUUCUCGCAGUAUGAAUGAUAUUUAUGAUAUACAGAAGCGUCUGAAGAAGCAACGGCAAAGACAGCGCCACCAGAGUGGGAAUACUAAUUCUAGCGGAGACACAGAGAGUGAAGAAGGAGAGACUGAAACCACUGUGCGUCUGCUUUGGCUUUCAAUGCUCAAGAUGCCGCGUGAAUUAAUGCGCUUGUGCCUUUGCCAUCUUCUAACUUGGUUUUCAAUCAUUGCUGAAGCUGUUUUCUAUACCGACUUCAUGGGUCAAGUCAUUUAUGAAGGGGAUCCAAAGGCAUCCACCAAUUCCACAAAGCUGCAGAAUUAUCAUACUGGUGUUCAGAUGGGAUGUUGGGGGCUGGUUAUCUAUGCUGCUACUGCUGCUGUCUGUUCAGCUGUGUUACAAAAAUACCUUGAUAACUAUGAUCUUGGCAUUAAAGUCAUCUACAUUCUGGGAACGCUGUGCUUCUCAGUUGGUACAGCAGUGAUGGCCAUUUUUCCCAAUGUGUAUGUUUCCAUGGUGAUGAUUAGUACCAUGGGCAUCAUCUCAAUGAGCAUCUCCUAUUGCCCUUACGCACUCUUGGGACAGUACCAUGAAAUCAAAGAGUAUAUCCAUCACAGUCCUGGUAACUCAAAGCGAGGCUUUGGAAUUGAUUGUGCUAUCCUGUCCUGUCAAGUUUACAUCUCACAGAUCUUGGUGGCAUCAGCACUGGGUGGUGUGGUGGAGGCGGUAAACAGUGUGAGAGUCAUUCCGGUGGUGGCAUCUAUAGGCUCUUUCCUGGGUUUUCUCACCUCUGCCUUUUUAGUCAUCUACCCUCAAGAUAUGGAGGACUCAAAGGAAGAAUUGCAGAAAGCACUGACUCCAUCUGAAAGCAAAAUGAAUGACGGUGAUUCUUUAGAGAAGCCUACAGUCCUGCAGCUCAGCUGUAAGGCAUCUGCUGUGACUUCAGAAGUGCAGUGUGAAUCAACACUGUGACAUGUUACUAGGGCAGCAGACAGGAUAAAGAUCAUUCCAGUCUUGAAAGAAAUUUGACAAAGUAAAUAUCUAUAGUAUUUGGUGAUUUACUACCUGAGAAAGAAACAAUACAAAUAAUAAUGGCAUGAUUUCCAUUCUGGUGACUUUAAUGUAGCUGCAUCAGCUAAUAUUUCUGUAAGGCAUGAUGUGUCAGAAAUAUAAUGUCAGUGAUUAAGUAAGAGAACAGUGCAUCCUACAGAGAUUGAUUGUAUAAUUACUUGCAUUUCAUACUGCUUUUUCAGUUUUUGUGAUAGCAUACCAAAAGAAAAAAGUUCUUCAAUCUAAGAUCUUUAAAAAUAAACUGGAAAAUAAUAUCUAAUGCAUGCAUUUUAAUCAAAAAUAGUCUUCAUUAACUAAUAAAUAUGACUGUCAAUAUUAAAAGUUUAUAUUUUACAUUUAAAGUUUAAAUGUAUUUUAAAAAUGAUAAAUAUAUAUUCACAUAUGUAUACAGUAUAAAUCUUUAGAAUUGUACAUAGCAUGUAUCUGGGUUUUGAAACCCUUUAGAUUGAAGAAUCACAUCCUAACAUGCUGCAUGGGAGUUCUGACUCUUACCUGUAGUCUGACUCAGGUUGCCACAUUUUACUUGGGGGUGCUGGACAGUACAGAGCAGAACAACUGACUCAGCUCAGCUCUGCACCCUUGGGCCUCCAUUGUAUUUUAAACUGAUUUCACUAAACUGUUUUGUUUUUUGUUUUUUUCCCGAUGGGGGGAUUAGGGUAGGUUGAAGGUAUUUAGACCUUAAAUGGAAAUUUCUUCUAUCAAAUUUCAGUCUGAACUUUUUUCUGUCCUAAAUAUGACUACAGUGUGCACUUUUUCUUCAAAUAUUUGAAUACAAUUUUUAUGUAUAGUUUUUUCUGUUAGGUAUAGAUUGGUUGGUGCUUUUCUAAAAGCCACAAUGAAAUUGCAAAAAAAAGAGAAUAUCUUGUUAAAAAGAUCAAUUGUAGACUGCUUCCAUGUUUCUGAGAGAUGGUUGUUUUGAAUUUAUCUCCUUUCCGUGGAGAACCUAAAAAAAAUUAUAGUAGAGAAUCAAGUAUUUUCUGCUUGAGCAAGAAAAGGGUCAUUAUGGCUUAGUACUUUUUAAAGAUCAAUGCCAAAUGUGGGCCUGAUCAUGAGUGUGAAGUGGCAGGAGCGGCAGUACUUACUGUCAAUAAUUGCACUUUCAGCCUUUUAUAAUAGGUCAGAGAUGAUAAAAUGUUGCACGGCAUCGUCUAUGUUCUUGUUAGAGAACACUACUGCUGAUAAAUAGGUUUUAACAUUUGCAUAUAUGUUUGUUAGUACAUUGCAGUAGGUAGGGGCAAUUUUGCUACUUCUGCACAUUUGUACCUUACCUUUAGGAAAUCCAUUAAGCUGAUAUUAGAAAAUUGUACACCUUAUUAUCAUAGUCUUUUUAGUUCUUAGUUUUUAAGUGAAAAUUUCACAUAGUCUUAAGGCAGCUGUUGAAUAGAUGGCAUUUUAUAAUGGCUUCCAGUGACAAUUCAUGAGCACCAGUAAGCCUUCACCUUUUUGGUUUGCUGUGGUUUUUUUUUAUGGAUUCAAAAAAGGUAACAUUAUGGAUCAGUCUGGAAUGCCUAUAAAGCUCAACACUGGAAAUGUCUGCUUUAUUAUACUGUAACACUGCAGUAUUGUAAUUCUAAAGUGCACACCAUUUUGCAAUCUUAGCUAACCCACUAUUAUUGUGGGUAUUCAAAACGACUCUUGUUUAGGAGUUACUAUUUGUUUUUGUGUUUUCUUUCUUUUAGUUAUUUUGAAAUUUCCAGAAGAAUUUUGACACUAGAAGUUUCCUGGUGUGCAUACUAAUGUUAAAUGCCUUUUAAAAUUUUGUUUUGUGAAUAGUAUUUCAAAUAAUAUUCCAGAUCCUAAAAUAAAUGUUCUGUUUCUUUCCUACUUAAUAAAUAUAUAUACACACACACACACAAUCUAAAAUUUACACAUUAACAGUAUGUGUGAGAGCAUCUUUAAGAAUGUGUGCACACAGUGCAAUUUAUAGAAAUGAAAAAUUAAAAUUUAGAUCCAGUAUGUAUAUAUAGGGCAUCAAAACAUAAAAAAUACCCUUGGAAUUUAAGUGAAAGAAAGUGUAGUAUAAAGCCUGCAAUUCUUGAAGAGCUAAGGCAAGCGAUUGAAAAGAUCUGUGCAACUGUCCCAUCAGAUGCCUCGUUGAAUGUUUUCAAUUCAUUUAUUUGACAGCGUCAGCAGGUUAUGAAUGCCAAUUGUGAACACUUAAAUUAAUUAGUCCUUUGUCAUAUUUAUUGAAUACGCCCGAAUUAGCUAUUAUAAAAUUAUAUAAGUUAUGUAAAAAUCGGUUAUUUCCCCUGGGGAAAAAAAAAAAGUAUAAGCAAUCAUUGAAGUGUUAUGUAUUUUUUGACACCCUAUCUUUGCGUGAGAGUCCGUGCAUAUAAUGUGUGUGUGUGUGUAUACUCAUACAUACCUGCACAGUAAAUUUAUGUAUAUAUUACAUAAAGUAGUGUAACUUAAUCUUAAUAUUUUUAGAAUGUAAAUUUUAAGUUAAAACACUUGAAAUUCCUCAAGAAUCUAAAGAAAGUUGCAAUAAUGUCCUUGCCUCAUUCCUGUAGGUAUUGUCAUUUUAAAGAAUGUGUUACCAGGGGGUAAUUUACCAUGCAUGCGCUACUGUGGUGCGUCCAGAUUGGCUGAACCCCUGUAUAUAGUACAAAUGUCAAAGUGACACACUGCUACUUUUUAAAAUUGACUUGUUGCUUUUUUUUUAAGUGCAAUUUUGAGAGUUUGAAAUGCAGAGAAAGGCGUGAAAACUGAGCAUUUUGAUACAGCUCGCCUCAAAAGAAAUGCCUCUGCUGCAGGCUGUAAAGCCUGAAUUUCCAUCAGGGUAAAUGGGCUGAAGAUGAAUGUAAUCUUUCUAUUUAAAUCUAAUUCUGUAGUAUCUUAGAAAUAAUUGCGCAGAAUUUUCUAUACGCUUAAAAAAACAAAAAAGUUUUGAAAUUAUCCAAUAGAAUUACAGCAGAAACAAAAGAAACACAAUUGUUUCCUUGUAUAUAUUUUCAGUUGUUUGUAUGUGAAAUGGAAUGUGCUUGUUAACAUAUAAACAUUGAAGCAGAUAUAUGUGUGUAUGUAUGGAUAUAUGUAUAUGUCAAUAUAUAUGCAUAUAUAUGUGCAGAUAUUUUUUUGAAUUCUUCAGAACAUAAAGGAGUGUUAUGCUAGUAAUCAGAGUGUGGCGUUUAAGCAGUGGGCCGUUCAUUUUCUUUGUUUGGAGUCUGGAGACAUUUGCUAUAUGAUGUUACUCUUUUUUUUUUCCUUUUUUUUUUUUUGGUAACAUUUUUGUAAUUUUUAUUUUUUCAACAUAAGCGUUCAUUAUGAAGUAUACAUUGGUAAAAUUUAUGUACUUAGUGUUUUUCUAGAAUUAUUUGCAUAUAAUUUAAAUUCUUCAAUACACACCCUAUUAGCCAUACUUUCUGAUUUUCAGAAAUACUUUAUUACAUGCUUUGAUAGUAUGUAUAAUUUUUUGUAAGGAAAAUACUUUUUUUUCCUGUUUACUUUCAAAAUAACUGUCUAAAAUACUAGUGCUGUGAUUUUUGUUUAUUUAUUUAUUUAUUUUAUCCAUCUUUUUUGAAUUGUGCUGUUACAAAUGCACAGGCUGUCACGCCAGCUAAUGUAAUUGCAGAACAUUAAGCUCAAUGCUGACUGAUACAGCGGGCAGAAAAGCUUUCAUUCUGUCUGUUAUAGCAACAGCGUCUCAUUUGAAAGUGACCUCCAGGGGUGAGUUUCCUCUUUUUUGUUUGUUUUCGGUUUUUAAAUUUCGUGACACACUUUCUGAUUAUUCUAUUUACCGUUUUGUUAAGGAAAACUUCUUACGAUUUUGUGCUCAGAAUAGAUGAGACAAUUGACCAAAAUUAGCAUUGAUCAUUACUGUUGUGAAAGCUACAUAAACCUUGGUGUAAUUUGUCAACUUCUCAUUCACACUGCUUGGUGACUGAGAAUUGAGAACUUCAGGAAGUUUAACUAAAAUACAAUUAAAAUCGGCACUUUUACAGACUGCUUUCUGGAAAUUCAUAUAUGACAGUUUCCAUUAUCCUUGUUUUUUUUUGGGAGUGAUCGUGGAUUCCAACCUUGCACAGUUGGAAAUUAGACUGACUGCUUGUCUUCGAUUCUGCCUACAAGAUGAUAAUAAUAUAAUUUGUAUCGAUCACAGUAUUUUUAUAAACAUCCAUAAACAAAUAUGGCCGUAAUCAAAAUAAUUAGUAAUUUGAUGUGUGUAAUUAACUUUAGUGAUGUCACCUGCAAAUUGUUCAUGGAGCGACAUGUAAUUUUGGCAGAUUUAUUUUGAUGUUUAAACGUUAAAUUAAAAAGUCAUCUGCUUUAACUCUUAAUUAAAAUGUAACCUAUUAUAUUAGACACGUAUUGAUUACACUUGCAGCUCCUCUGACAGACCAAGAGUCAAGAAUGCUGUAGGAGUCUCCUAAGGGAGCCUUGAUAACUGAAGCAUGAAGUGGUCUUAACACACAGAGGAAACUUUUGAAGCACUUAUGUGUACUUUUUAAAUGUACAUUUCUAGAGGUAAAUCUCCUCUCUGUCUUACAGCAAAAUUAUGAGUGCCUGACUUAUUGAACUUAUUGAAAUUUCUUUGUGUAAGGUAAUUCAGUACAUUUAUAACAUUACAUUUAAAUCUGAAACAACUGUAUAAUUCAGGGACUUUAGGUAACUGACUGUCAUCUAGAGCAGGGGUCGCCAACUCCUGUCCUGGAGGACCGCAGUGGCUGCAGGUUUUCAUUCUAGCCCUUUUCUUAAUUAGUGACCUGGUUUUGCUGUUAAUUAACUUCUUUUGAAUUUAAUUUAAUUGACUUGUACUUGAAGACUUAAGACCCCUUUAAUUGUUUCUUUUUCUUUAAUUGUCCGCCAAACAAUGAGAUACAAAAUGAACCAAAACAUGUUCAGCAAACCGUAUCCAUCAUGCAAUAUCUGAGAAUAAGGAAAGAUGAAGGUCUCAGGAAUGCUGAUCUGCUCAGGUCCACAAAACACUUGAACAGUGCUCUUAGAAAAGAGAAAAUCAACAGUUUCAGAAAUGUCUGCUGUUACACCAUGAGAGCAGCAACCAGCCAUGGAAUUAAAGAACAGGUUUAAUUAAUGAGAAUCAGUGCCUAAUUAAGCAAGUGGUUGGCAUGAAAUUGGUUGGAGUUUGAGGCCCUGACUUAGUUGGUCUCCUGUUGGCUCACUCACUUCACGUUUCAUUUCUGUUUGGGUGCCAUUUAAGGAAAGAAAUGAAGCAAUUCAGGGGAACGAGGAAGAAAUUAAGGGGAACGAAUCUUUAAACAAGUCAACUAAAAUUAAUUCAAAAAAAGUGAAGUAGCAGCAAAAUCAGGUCACUAGUUAAGAAAAGGGUUAGAAUGAAAACCUGCAGCUACGGUGGUCCUCCAGGACCGUAGUUGGCAACCCCUGAUCUAUAGAAUUGCUUGUUUUCUUACUCACUGUGGACAACAUUUAUUUUGUUACCUGUCUACUUAUGAAAGUCCCAGUUUUCUUCUCAUAUGUGCUGUUUGGCCUCAUUAAACAAGGAAAACACUUGCAUUGACAUUUCUGAAGUUCAUGCUGUACAGAUACACUUGAAGUUUUAUUGUGUUCUCACAAGAUGCUUCAUUUCUUUUAACAUAUUAUUUAAAAUACCAAAUAAUGUAAUAAUAGUAGCAAAUGAAAUCUGACGGCUAUCUGUAAAUGCUCUUUGAGAAACCAAAGCAUAUAUUUUUUGUCUGUACUUAGUACAUCAAGUCCUUAAUGUAUAAAUAUAGGAAUAAGAUUUCACAACUAAGUCUUUGCUGACAAAACUAUUUUUUUUUGGCGGACACAUUUUGCUUUCCAACACACCAACCCCCCAAAGCAAGCGUGGAGACCGUUUACUUGAGCACAGAGAUUUAUGCAGAACUUUAAGGUAUGCUGUUUAUUAUAUGUACCAUAGCCCAAGGGGCAGAAGUUUUAUUUCUAAAUCAUGCAACAAAAUAUCUCCUGUACCUUGGUUUCAGGGUUGGUUUGCCUUGAAUUUGAUGUUAACUGUCAAUAUGUGAGCUUCGUAUGCUCUCUUAGUAAUAAAAACACACCUGAGAUAGCAGCUCAGGGGAAAGAGUGCAAAUAUACAAUCCCUCUUUACCGAAAAUGAGUUCCAUUUGGUCAUUUGUUAUGGUUCAUUGUACCCCGGCAUUCGCAACCCGUUUGCCUAAAACAGUCUCUUUUAGCGUCUGUUCUUCUUUACGAGUAGUCCACUGGACAACAAACUGACCCUGUCCUUGUCAAAAGACACGUAAUCAAACGUUAUCAGGUACUUGCGAGAACAUCGAUGUUAGCAAUAAUUGUCCUCAGUAAUGAUUUCCAAUUAUGUAUUCCAGUAAUGUUUGAUGUGAAGAUCAGGGAGAGCAGUGUGAAACCAAAAGCUUUAGAUUAAGUUGUUUUUUUUAAAUUGUUCUUUAACAAUGUUGGCUGAUUAAAGGUUAUUUGUUGUGUUCUGUUAUGAAGGGUUAAAUUAUUUUAUUAACUGUCUACAUGCUGAUCUGUUUCUUUUUUCUACUGCUUGGUUUCACUGGUAGUGAAACGUGACACUGUGCUUUCAGUUUUUUUGGCACGAGUUGCAGACCGCACUUUAUUUAUUUUUUCUUCUUUUCUUUAUUAAUCAAGAUUGUGUAAAUGUGGUUAAAGAUGUAAUUUUCCAAAUACAUGGUCAUGUAGAGGCUAUUUUAACACAUGUCUCAUAGGGCCAGGCUGAAAUGUUGAUCAGUGUCAUCCUGUGAUAUAAAGAUGACACCCUUGAAGCUAAGACACAUUCAUCCAUUUGAAUUUUUGAGUUCACGGGAGACAGGCGUAUUUGUCUUUUAAGUGCAGCUUAGAUCUGUGCAAUAAGAAAAAUAUACACACGUCCUGGAGGCCAGAAGAGUACAGCACUCUUAGCAAGGUCCAUGUUCUUUUUAAAAUGUACAGUACAUUGAAUUUAAAGCUUUACUUUGUUUUCCUGCAAUGGAUAUAAAUAAAUAAUAAAAGACAAAAGCAUUUUCUUGGAAGUUCAGGCAGACUUGUUUCAAGUGCCUUCGAAGCUGCUUGUAGGGCACCAUCUCCCUUGUUGACGGACAUUUGCUUGGACGUAGAAGGCAGGCUUUUACUGGGGUAUAACUGCUUCUAAAUCAUUGAGCGGUCUGCUCAAAUGAGGCUGAAUAUGGAAAGGCAACAGAUAGGGACGCUCACAAUGGCUAGAAGGGGAGCCCUGUACACCAUCUAUACAAUGCAGCAGAAAAAGUGACGCAUCAGGCCAGGAUCUUAAAAAUAUAAGUUGUGUUAUUCUUUACAUUUGAUGAUCAGAUUUCUAGUUUACUUGUUAAGAAUUUGUUACAGUAAAAAGUUUUGCUAUGCCAUUAAUUGCCGUCUUUGUAAAAGGUAACACGGAACAGGGUGAAGUUCUUGGUCUGGAAAGGAAUAUUAGGGCUGUGUGUAGCGUGAGGCCCGAAUGCGGCCUUUCAUUUUUGUGCUUGUACCAACAUCCACACUGAACUUGAUCGACAGUUUAAAAUCUUUAAUAAAAAAAAAAAAAAGACGAGAAACAAAAACCUGAGUUUACCCCAAAAGUAGACACAGAAACGCAUCGUACCAUAGAGUUUGUAUUCAAAAAAGCAGCAUCUCCCUGCAAUUUUCUCAACUUUGACGCGGCAAAAUUUAUGAAACUGCAUGACCCUGUAGGCUAAAAUGGGAAAUAAAUGCCAUAGGAUCUGUAGUCCUUUUUUGCUAAUCUUAGCAUAUCCAGGGUGUGUCAAAAUUAUGUUAACAUUUAAAUGCCAGAAACAAUUUAUUCACCAAACAUUCUUCAUAUGUGCAAGAUGAUUUACAGGAAUGUUCGCCAUCAUGUUCAACACAUGUACCAUAUGUGGCACAUAAAUUGUCCGUAAAAAUUGUAUAUAAGUUUAUACAUAGCAAUGCCAUUAGUGUUAACAUAAUUUUGACUCACCCUGAAUAUGUACAUUUUCUGUUUGGAAUAAAUAUGCAUAUUUGAUCAAAAGUACAGCCAAAGCAAACCAGGUGAUGACGUAACUAAAUAUGACAAUAUUUUGAUGUUUUAAUUGAGAAAUUUCAUUGAUCAUAUUUUUAAACCUGAUGACCAGUAUUUAUUAAAAUUUGCCUUUAAAAACAACAAAUAUUUUUAGUUUGUCAUUGCUUGGAGGUUGGGGAACACUGAUUACAUAAAUAAAUGAAGAAAUGAAAAUGUUUUGCUUUUGGCCUGCACUUGUUAACGUGUCAUGAAUUGAGACAAUGCUCAGAGCCGGCUUGCUGUUCGGUCAUCUGUGGUCCAAGGCCGCACGUCCCCUUUGUAGACAUUGACGACUUGAUCUGCCCCAUUUGCUGCACCUCCAUCAAUUCAGUUAAUAUGUGGAAAUGUUGACCACAGGGUCACGGAAAUUUAACAAAUGUGUUUAUGGGUCAGACUUUUAAAAAGCAUAUUCACAUCGGCACCUGCUUUUGCUUUAAUGUAUUUGGUUCUGUAAUGAACUGACCAUAAGACAUCUGUUUUUUAUCAACUUAUUAAGUUGGGGGACAGUUGUAGUGCUUGCUGAGUAUAGCAAUAUUAUUACAGUUUUUAAAAGUGUGUGUUAAAACACAAGGUAUUUUUUGGGGGGAAAAAAAGGAUUAUUAGAAAUAAAUUGUCCUUACUAGCUGGGAGGAUGGCAUUGUUCUGUAAUUUUAUUUCCGAUGGAGACUGGCUUCACUGCGGCUGAAUUUCAAACAGAUCCAACUUGGUAUUUUGAGGAGCUGAUGUGGCAGAGCUACAAUAUGGAGUAGCCAUUUCUUGCUUUCUUUUAAACCGUCUUGUUCAUUAACCUCAGAAAGCCAAGCAGCAGAAACCAACUCGGUAGAGGUUGGCAACCCUACUGCUAUUCAUCUUGGCUCAGGGACUUCUUUCAUGGUGAACACACGUCCAGCAUGCUGGGAUAUUUACCCAGCAGGACCACUGACAUGGCCGAAUGGUUCUUGAGUAGUCGUACAUCUUAGCCACAGAGCUUCUCUGCCAUCAAGCAGCACUGAUACUUUCUUAAUGCUAUACAACAGUCAGGAUAACCACAGUCUGAAGAUUAUCAGUGAUGGCAGACCCUGAAAUGGGCUUACGGAAACACAAAGUCGAACAACGGCUGCUUAGGCCGCACACAUAGAAAGUCACGGGUGAUUGAAAAAAGAAAAACGGAACACUUUCAGAACUCGGUAAAUACGUAUCACAUGAACUUGUAGAGUAAACCAACUUGCGAAGAAACUCUGUUUUAUUCUUAGCAUGCAGCUGGCAUAAGUCAAUCCUGUAGUCCAGUUAACCUCUGACCUUGUGUAGCAUAGCACUGUCGAUGGUUAACAUGGCAUGCCAAACAAUAUGAAAGGUAACUCGACAAUUUAGUGUGCGCACUUUAUGUUCACAUGAUACUUAGUUACCACCAAGUAAGCUGUUCUUGAAAGUGAUCAGCUCUUUUUCAAUUCCCCUGUAUAAGUGCAACACCCAGCAUGGUCACAGAAGAGUGUUGGGUAAAGUAGAAGUGUCCUCCUGUUUGUUCAUCCCGGCGCUGGCCAGUCUUCACACCAGCUAUUAAUGAUGUUUUCGUGCUAUGUUUGAAUUUUCCUUGGUUAUCUGCUGUAAGCGUUUUCAAUAAAUUCCUUGAAUGAUGCUUCAAAAUCCUUUUUUUUUGUUCUUCAGCUGUUUUCAGUUUAUGUGAUCACUUGGUUUGAUAUUUUGAAGAAUAAACUUUACAAGAUAUUUUCUUCCUUGGACAGUGUGUAUAAAGGCAUUGUUUCAAAUUCCAUUUGCAAUAAAUAAAAGCUCCUUACUUGAAACAA